GCAGGCUACACAAAGACGGCAAGUACAACGUAUUUUUGUCGUUGUGUAAAUUAAUGUAAAGAUGGUGCCUUUGACUGCAGUAGACGAGUAUUGUUGAUUUCCUGUUGGUUACGGAAAGACGUCUUACUUGAUAGGCGAUAUAUUUGAACGUGGUGAUAGACAAUGAAGAUUGUAAUCUGACAAAAAAGUAUUGUUGAUAAGAUACCACGCGUAGAGGAGAAACGAAUUCAAAUUGAAGAAAAUUUCAUUCUUGCCAGUCGCCAUGUUUUGAACACUUGUACAAGCAACACAAGCAACGCACGCGCUAUGAAUUUAAUAAGAAUGAAGAAUGCUGCCAGUUCGCGGAGAUCUUUGAGUCAAAUAGAGGGACAACUGAGUCAUGGCCAGCCGCAUUGCAAUGGUUCAUCUAUUGAUUCACCCCUUAAGCUGUUUAGCAAAGCGAAGAAUAAAAUCAACAAAAUAUUUCAAGAAAUUGGCGUCUACUUAGGAGAGGCAUCUUCGUUUCUUCAGGAAAAGUGUUUUGUUUCAGAAAAGUUGGCCAAUGAAAUAGACAAAUAUUCUGAGGAGGUCAAAACAUAUCUGGAGCAAGUAGCUGGGAUAGCAAAGGUUCUCCGUAGGGACAGUAUGAAAGUUGCUUUCUUCGGAAGAACUAGCAAUGGCAAGAGCACUGUAAUUAAUGCCUUGUUGAGAGAUCGUAUUUUACCAUCUGGUAUUGGUCAUACAACUAGUUGUUUCUUCAGUGUUAAUGGAACAGAAGUUGAGACACCUUAUGUACUGACUCCUGGCUCUGACGAAAAGAAAAAUAUUCAAUCUUUAAGUCAACUGGCUCAUGAACUUUGUCAAGAGAAACUAGAUCCAAGUAGCUUGAUUCAAGUCAAUUGGCCAAGAGCAAAGUGUGCAUUGCUUCGAAAUGAUAUUGUGUUGCUUGACAGCCCUGGGAUUGAUGUUAGUCCAGAUCUUGACAGUUGGAUUGAUAAUUACUGCUUGGAUGCAGAUGUUUUUGUUUUGGUAGCAAAUUCAGAGUCAACUUUGAUGGUUACAGAAAAGAAAUUUUUCAAUAAAGUCAAUCAGAAGCUGUCACGGCCAAAUAUUUUUAUCUUGAACAAUCGCUGGGAUGCAUCAGCAUUUGAGCCAGAGUUUAUGAUGGCAGUUAAAAAUCAACAUAUGGAAAGAACAGUUGGCUUUCUUGUCAAUGAACUUAAAUGCAUUGAUCAAUGUGAAGCAGAGAAUCGUGUUUUCUUUGUGUCUGCUAAAGAAGUUCUGACAAAGAGAAUGCAGGAAAACCAAGGAAUGCGUGAUACAGGGGCUGCUAUACAUGCAGAAGGUUUUCAAGAAAGACUAAUGGAAUUUGAGCAUUUUGAAAGAAAGUUUGAGGAGUGCAUUUCCAAGUCAGCGAUUCAAACAAAAUUUGAAUCUCAUGUUGUACAAGGAAUGCAAACAACAAAAUUUGUUCGAGAAAUCAUGGAGAAAAUUGAAGCCAAGUCAAAGGUUGAAAGGCAGAAAUGUAUUGAAGCAAAAUGUAGCUGGGAGGAACGACUGGCUAUAAUGAAAGACAAACUGGAUGUGAUCAGUCAUGAGUUUAAGAAUAAAAUCAAGGAAAUUAAAGAAGAAGUUGAGUUGCAGGUUGCCACAGCAAUGAAUGAUGAAAUAAAACGUUUAGGAAUACUUGUAAAUCAGUUUGAUCAUCCAUUUCAUGCGCAUUCUACUGUCAUUGAAAUUUACAAACGAGAUCUGGUCACUCAUAUUGCUAAUGGCCUGGGAAGGAAUCUUACAGCGCGAUGUGGAUUAGCUCUUUCCCAGUCCAUUGAUGAAACUAAACAAUCAAUGACUGAUCAAUUAGCUUCACUUUUACCACCAGAGGAUCGUCAUGAGGUGAUGACUAUGUCGGAUUCCAGGCAUGAAUUUGAAGUAUCCUAUCAACUUGAUAUUCCCAAUAUUUGCUCGGAUUUCAAAGAGGAUUUAGAGUUCCAUUUCUCUCACUGGUUGCAAACAAUGUUAAGAAAGCUUUGGGGUCCUUCCACUUCUCGUUCUGGACAAAGUAGAUCAUCUACGGAACUUGACGAAGGUGAAACGACGGCUUCUCGGAGUGACGAAGUGCUCAAGGACCAUGAAUUGACGUUGGCGGUUAUUCGAAACAUUGCUUCUUUAACAUCACACAGCGCUACUGGUAUUGUGGUUGUUGGAGGCCUGGUUUGGAAUAAUGUUGGUUGGAAACUGAUUGUUGGAUGUGGUGGUUUGUAUGGAUCGUUAUACAUUAUUGGAGGUUCACAAUGGACAAAUUAUGCAAAGGAAAAGGCGUUUAAAAAUCAGUUUGUUGAAUACAUGGCAAAUCGUCGUCAGUCGGUUGUCAGUAUGACAAGUUCAAAUUGUAGUCAACAAGUUAUGAGCGAACUUUCCUCCACUUUUGUUCAAUUGUGUUACAAAGUUGAUGCAGCGAAGAAAAAAGUGGAAAACGAGAUUUCAAAACUUAGUGAAGAUAUUACUGAAUUGGAAGAUAUUGAAAGUCAAGCGCAUCUAUUUGGAAAUAAAGCUAGAAGGCUCGAGGAUCAAUUAAAGAACUUCAUUCAAGAAUUUGGUUUAUUGUAAAGUAAAAUGUAAAAAACAUUGGCACCAGGUAGAAAACUCCUUAACUCUUUCAAUUUCUGGGAGGAGAACUGAAAUAUUAUUUCACAUAAAUUUAUCUUAAUCACUUGCCAUUUCUGAAUGUUUUUUUGCAGCCUCAUUUCCAACAUUUCCAUAUAAAUUCAUAAAUUUAACUUACCUGUACAACAACACAAAUCGAAAAACUGUAUACCUUUACCAAAAGCCAGGAGCAUUGAACUGUAAUUGUUACUGGACGGCUGUCUUUAGAAACAUUCUAGUACCUAUACUUGCGUGGACCCAAAUAUUAUUUCCAGGAAGCUUGUACUGUGUCUGCUGGUGUAAAGUUCUGCAUUUUUGCUAGCUGUCAUUAUACAGUGUUGCCAGAUGAAUUUUAAAUAAGUUCAUGUCGGCAUGUUCAAAACUUCACAUAUUAUCCACCAAUGUUAAAAAUCGACAAAAAUUGCAUAAUUUGCACCAAAUGUAUGAAAUAAACUAAAUCAAAUGUAAAUUUAUAAUGAUGCACAUUGCACAUUUGUACAAAACAACAAAAAAAUAACAAUGAAAAACAGUUAUUUAGUUUGAUUCA